CUUAUUUAUAACCAUCUCCCUGUCUUCCAUCGUCUGCACAACUCCAUAGCGCAGAACCAAAGAGAACGAGCUCCCAUUCCGUCGAACACCAUGAGAAUGAUCGACUUGGGCAGCCAAACGGGCCCCCUCCACAUGAUCGACACCGCCACCUCCGUCGACUGCGGCCGCGAGGUCCGCCUCCGCCGCUCCCUCCGCUCCCUCGUCGAGUGCGUCGUCCCCUGCUGCUGCGGCUUCCAGGCCUCCCCCUCCUCCGACUCGGACUCCCUCAGCGUCUCCGCCGAGUCCUCCUCCGCCAACUGCUCCUCCGUCGUCACCGGCACCUUCUUCGGCUACCGCCGCGGCCGCGUCAGCUUCUGCCUCCAGGACGACACCCGCGCCUCGCCCCUCCUCCUCCUCGAGUUCGCCGUCCCGACCUCCUACCUCGCCCGCGAGAUGCGCCACGGGCUCCUCCGCAUCGCGCUCGAGUGCGGCCGGAGGAAGGCGGAGGCGGAGGACGAGGAGCGUCGCGGGGGCAGGCGCGGCGACGCGCUGUUCAGCGAGCCGGUCUGGUCCAUGUACUGCAACGGGAGGAAGGUCGGGUUCGCGGUGCGGCGGCGGAUGACGGCGGCCGACGCGGCGGUGCUGAGGCUGAUGAGGUCGGUCUCCGUCGGCGCGGGCGUCUUGCCGGUGGCGGCGAGGAGCGACAAGGGCGACGGCGACGGCGAUCUCUUGUACCUGCGGGCGAGUUUCGAGCGAGUGAUCGGAUCGGUGGACUCGGAGAGUUUCCAUAUGAUUGAUCCGGUGGGGAGUUAUGGUCAGGAGCUCAGUAUAUUUCUUCUAAGGUCGUAAUGCUUGUUCUAUAAUUGUAAUUAUUAAUCAAGUAGCUCGAUUGAAAUGCUGUUCAAGCUUAUGCUAAUUUUUUAGAAUUAAAUGAAAUUUGGGAUGUACUCGAGAAGAAGGGGUAGAGCAAUGAUAAAAGAAUGGGAAAAGAAAAUGUUCAAUUGUUAAUUUUUGUUUA